AUGAAGUCAUUUCUCUUAACAAUUUUGGUUGGACUGUCGCAUGCACUCUAUGAUGGUAAUCGUAAUGUAAUCCAAUUAACAGAGUCGAAUUUCAACAAUAAAGUGUUGAAAAGUGAUGAAAUAUGGAUUGUUGAAUUUUUUGCACCAUGGUGUGGUCACUGCCAGAAAUUAGUUCCGGAAUAUAUGAAGCUGGCAAAUGCCUUGAAAGGUAUUUUCAAAGUUGGAGCGGUGGACAUGACACAACAUCAGUCAGUGGGUGCACAAUAUAAUAUACAGGGCUUUCCUACAAUUAAAAUAUUUGGUGCUGAUAAAAAGGUUCCACUUGAUUACCAAGGUCCUCGGACGGCUCAGGCGAUAACAGAUUCCCUAAUAAAUGAGCUUCGAAAAACAGUAAAUGCGAAACUGGGUAUUAGCAGUUCAAGCCAGUCGAGAGGUGCUAAUGAUAAGAAAAGCAGCGGUAAAUAUGUCAUUGAAUUGACCGAUAGCAACUUUGAGGAGAUGGUGCUUCAUAGUAAAGAUAUUUGGCUUGUGGAAUUCUUUGCACCUUGGUGCGGUCAUUGUAAAGCUUUAAAACCACAUUGGGAAAUGGCUGCUUCGGAAUUAGCUGGUAAAGUGAAGGUUGGUGCUUUGGAUGCAACAGUACAUCAGGCAAUGGCAUCACAUUUCGGUAUCAAAGGUUUCCCAACCAUAAAAUAUUUCGCACCAGGUUCAAGUGCUAGUGAUGCUGAAGAUUACGUCGGUGGACGAACCAGUGAUGAUAUUGUUCAAUAUGCACUUAAUAAAGUUGCUGAAAAUAUGCCGGAACCGGAAGUUGUGGAAGCAAUUUCACAAGAAGUUGUCGAUAACGCUUGCAGAGAAAAGCAGCUUUGUAUAAUUGCUGUACUGCCGCAUAUUCUUGAUUGCCAAAGCAGCUGCCGAAAAAAUUAUUUAGAAGUCUUGAAAGAAUCGGCAAAAAAAUUCAAACGAAAUGUGUGGGGUUGGGUAUGGACUGAUGCAGGUAAGCAAACUGAAUUGGAGGAAGCAUUUGGCAUGGGCGGUUUCGGUUAUCCGGCUUUGGCAGCGCUGAACUAUCGUAAAAUGAAAUUUUCGAUGUUAAAAGGUUCCUUUGGUGUCUCUGGAAUUCAAGAAUUUUUAAGGGAUCUUUCUUAUGGUAAAGGUCAAACAGCACCAGUGAAAAAUGCAGAAUUCCCGAAGAUCAUGAAUGUAGAACCAUGGAAUGGUAAGGAUGGCGAGCUGCCUCUUGAGGAAGAUAUCGAUGUUUCAGAUGUUGAUUUGGAUGAAGAGAAACCGAAGAAAACUGAACUGUAG